AUGUUAGUACUGGGACAGAGGAAAGCUGUUUCUGGAGAAUAUUUUGAGCUGAACACAAAUUACACAUGGACCGAGGCAAGCAGUCAUUGCAGCUUAGCAAAGCCACCUGUGAACCUAGCAAAGUCAGGGUAUUCAGUUGAUAUCAAUUAUGAGCUAAAAUACCAAGAAGCAUGGGUCGGAUACUUCAUGAUGAUGACAGUGUUUGAAUAUAUAGGAUGUGCAUCAGUCAACUCAACCCAGCCAAAAGCACUAAGUAAAACUACACCAGGUCUAUGUUACACAGUGUGUAAGACACAUACCAAACAAUAUAUAGGAUUAAUUGACGGAAAGUGCUACUGCUUGGAAGAUGCACCUAACGGAGACGUCCGACACCAGGAAUGUAACCACAAAUGUGGAAAUAUCGGCAUAGCUUGUGGAAAUGACGGACACAUGGCAGUGUAUAAAGUUAACAUUAAUGACGAUAAAACUAUCAUGUCAACGUUGUUUAUAAAUGAAGAAAACUGCAAACUGAUGAUUGACUG